CUCAAAGUCAACCUACUAGCACUCAACGCACUCAACCAUGGUUGCACUUCCCAUCGACGAGAUAAAACGCCUGUUGGACCUCCACCCUAAAUCGCCAUCCAUACGCUACCAAUAUGGUACCGCAGGUUUCAGAACCUUGGGCAAGGUCCUUGAUCCUGUUCUCUUCAGAGUCGGUGUUCUUGCCGGCCUAAGGAGCAAAAAACUCGAUGGCAAGGUCAUUGGUGUUAUGGUCACAGCAUCCCAUAACCCAGAGCCUGACAACGGCGUGAAGCUCGUAGACCCUCGUGGAGAGAUGCUCGAAUCGGCUUGGGAAAUUCAUGCUACAAACCUGGCAAACGCAGCCACUACUGAUGACUUUGUGGCUGCCCUCGAAGAUUUCGUCAAGUUGGCUAAGAUUGAUCUCUCCAAGCCCGCUCGUGUCGUGUUUGCCCGUGACACUCGCCCAUCGGGCCCCGCCCUCGUUGCAUCGCUCAAGGAUGGCUUGCAGGCUAUCGGUGCAGAAACUCGGGACGGCGGAAUAACCACCACCCCGGUCCUUCAUUAUCUUGUGCGGACGAUGAACACGAAAGGAACCAGUGCAUCAUACGGCGAUGAUUCUGAAGAAGGUUAUAUCACCAAAAUUAGUACCGCUUUCAAGAACCUUGUGGCUGGCAAAGCCGCUCUGGCUCCUCUAACUAUUGACUGUGCUAAUGGUGUUGGUGCCAAGACGGGUCAGCAGUUCCAGGAUGCCUUGAAGGACACCCUUCCGAUAGUUCUUGAGAAUACGAAUGGUGUUCUGAACGAAAACUGUGGAGCGGAUUAUGUGAAGACGUCCCAGAAGCUGCCUCCUUCUUUGGAGACUGUGCUACAAGCCGGUCAACGUGCAUGCAGUCUUGACGGAGACGCCGAUCGACUCAUUUACUACUAUCUCGACGAACGCCGUCAGUUCCACAUGCUGGAUGGCGAUAAAAUAACCGCCCUCACAGCCAGUUUCAUUGUGGAUCUCGUCAAAGCUUCCGGCUUGGAGCAGAAAAUCAAAGUCGGUGUUGUGCAGACCGCCUAUGCCAAUGGCAGCUCGACCAAGUACUUGACAGAGCGUCUUCCGGUGAAAUGUGUCUCCACCGGAGUGAAACAUCUACAUCAUGCAGCUGAGCACUACGACGUCGGUGUUUACUUCGAAGCAAACGGACAUGGGACAGUGUUGUUCUCGCCGCAGGCCGAAGACACUAUCAGGAAUCACAAACCUUCCACUCCCGCGCAAUCUACGACACAAACUCAUCUGAUCAACACAAUAGAUGUCAUCAAUCAGACAGUCGGGGAUGCCCUUUCUGACAUGCUUCUCGUUGAGAUUGUCCUAGCACACAAGUCCUACAGUGGUGCCGAAUGGGAUUCGCUGUAUGCGGAUCUCCCCAAUCGCCUUGUCAAGGUGGUUGUCGGUGACCGAAACGCGUUCAAGACGGAGGAUGCCGAGCGGCGUCUUGUUAGCCCUGUCGGACUGCAGGCCAAGAUUGACGAGCUUGUUAGAAAGUACGAAGGCGGACGUUCGUUCGUUCGUCCGAGCGGGACCGAGGAUGUAGUUCGUGUCUACGCGGAGGCGGCACUGCGUCCUCAGGCAGAUGAACUGGCGUUCCGAGUUGCAGGAUUGGUCUAUGACGAGGCUGGAGGGGACCCGGUCAACAGGCCGCGAGAGUUCCUCUAAAAUAUCAAGGGACAGUGAUAACAUGGGUCUGGUCAAAGUAGUGUAUCAAUCGUUAUGUAUGUACUAUAUGGAAUAGGACACGAAAGGUCCGAAGAUGCCCCAGGUCUGAGAUCUGAGUCACCAAGCUUAGGCUCAUAAGUACCUGGCCAGUCGCGUAUAUAGCGGUAGCAAUUGUGACUUGUCU